UAUACCACUAAUCCCAAAAUCAAAUCGAGCAUCCAUUGUUCCAGAGAAAAGCAGCAUCCAUGGAGAGUGAGAGGGAGAAACACGUGUACCUGGCCAAGCUCUCUGAGCAAACCGAACGUUACGAUGAGAUGGUUGAGGCAAUGAAGAAAGUAGCUGAGCUUGAUGUGGAGCUCACGGUAGAGGAGAGGAAUCUAGUAUCUGUAGGGUACAAGAACGUGAUUGGCGCAAGGAGAGCUUCGUGGAGAAUCCUAUCUUCCAUCGAGCAGAAGGAAGAGUCCAAGGGGAACGAGGAGAAUGUCAAGAGGAUUCAGAGCUAUCGUAAGAGGGUUGAAGAUGAGCUUGCUAAAGUUUGUAAUGACAUCUUGUCUGUCAUCGAUAAACAUCUCAUACCAUCGUCUACUGCUGUCGAAUCCACUGUGUUUUUCUACAAAAUGAAAGGAGAUUAUUACCGCUAUCUGGCAGAGUUCAGUUCUGGUGCUGAACGCAAGGAAGCUGCAGAUCAGUCUCUUGAGGCAUACAAGGCUGCUGUGGCUGCCGCAGAGACUGGGCUAGCACCAACCCAUCCAGUUAGACUUGGCUUAGCAUUGAACUUUUCUGUUUUCUACUAUGAGAUCUUAAACUCUCCUGAAAGCGCAUGCCAAUUGGCUAAGCAAGCAUUCGACGAUGCAAUCGCAGAACUUGACAGCCUAAACGAGGAAUCAUACAAGGACAGCACUCUUAUUAUGCAGCUACUUAGAGACAAUCUCACCUUGUGGACUUCUGACCUCCCAGAGGAAGGAGAGGAGGAGCGAGCCAAAGCUGAUGAGCCUCAGGAAGAGGUAUGA